AUGACAGACGCUGUACUAGCGAUAAAUGCCCAUCUGAGGCAGACGUCCCGCACCCGUAGUCUGGCCCGCCGCGCAGCUUUCAGUCAAGUGCUCGUGAUUGGCCCGCAGCAAGGGCGGCGGUUGAGGCAGCCUGGGCUGCGACCACGACGACGUGUAUCGCUAUCAAUUUGCGACGCCUCCAUCACAGAAGCCGCGCCCGCCCAUCUCGCUCCAAUUUCCCCGCCCGACGCGCCCAUCACUCGUGUCGCAUGCGAUGCACGUCUGCCCAAAAUAAUCGUGGUUGCCAUCGCUGCUGCUGCUGCUGUUGUUGUUGUUGUUGCUCCCGCCGACGUCGCGCUCGUCGCCCUGGCUCCCAUCCUCCCGCACCCCCAUCGCCCGCGCGCUGCAGACGCCUGGGGGAUGAAUACAAGCGUGUCUGCCUACACCAACCUCGAGUCGCUGCUGCUGUUCCAGUGUCUCCAUGCCUAUGGCGUGGCGCCCUCCGUGUUUGGCCGCAUCUCCGACCUACUAAAGCAGAACCCGGACAUCACCACGCACAAGUACUUCCAGCCCGGCCGCCUCAGUCCCGAUGCCCUGCGCAACUUCUAUCUUGAGCGCCUGAAGCGCGAACUCGAACACGAGCAAGGUUCCGAUGCCGACGCCCAACAUGGCCAGGUCGCAAACUCAGCAAAGAGAAAGAGGCAUAGCCCAAGUCUGCCCACUGUCCAGGAGUCGCUGCAGCACCAGCACCUCAUCCCGAAACUCGUCACCAAACUCUACGCCUCGUACCGUCGCGAGCUCACCGAGCAGAUCAGGGCCGACGAGGAGCGCUAUGAGCGAUUGCAGCUCCAACUGAAGAGCAUUGAGCAUGGCGAGUGGGACCAUCAAUUGCGCGAAAAGGCAAACGGGCGCACUCCAGAAGUCGCCUCAUCUCGCCCAGAAGCCUUUGCAGCCAGCCCAACAGCACCCGACCCAGAGUGGACAGUCUUCACCAGUCCAGCGCAAGAAGCAGACGGCUAUGCCGCAACAACAACAGCCGCCAGCGCAAUCACCACGACUCCAGGCCUCCUCCAACUACAAUGGCACACCCUAUCCAAACAUCUCGCCCUUUCCUCCUCCUGGACAGGCUCCUCCGAAUACACAGUCUCAGCCAAGCCCCCACCCAUCGCAGUCGCGUAUCCUCAAGCCUCUACCCCAACCGGCACCCGGCAGCCAUCAAGGCCAAUUCUACAGACGCCCGGUGCUGCCAGACCAGGAGUACCACCAGUACACCCCCUUGUUACCCAGGCAAGAAACCCUCUCUCAACGCCCACAAAUCUGCGCUCUCCCGUCAGUGCUCUUGGGACUCCGGUAUCCGCCCGGAGCUUUUGGAAGCGGUCGAGUCUCGGUGAAGCGCCCGCCAUGCACGCAAGCCCGCGUCCCGAAGUGGAGCCCCUUGACGAUGUACCCCCGCUCAUCCGACCAAAACAGACUCCACCAAAAGCAAAGGCGCAGCGCAAGUCAAGAGCAAAAGGCAAAGGAAAAGAAGCGGAACAGCAUCACCCCACAGCAGACACUGAAACGCCACAGAGCGUCAAGCAGCCUAAUGACGCAGAAGAAGAUUCCAUGCUAGAGCCAGAGACUCGCUCUGGACGGUCCAGGAGAAAAGCGCCUGCGAAGAGAGCAAGACCCGGCAGUAUUACAUCGUCACGAGCAGGUGGUUCUGUACGAGACCGAAGCAGAAGCCAGUCUAUUCUCUCACAUACUGAUACAAUAGCGGCCGAUAACGAAUCCCAGGCCGGGAAUCGGAUCAAGUCAGAGCGUGGAACCUCGGUUGAGGCCAUCGAAGAGGAGGGAUCCGCAGAAACGCCUUCACACAUGUCUACCCGCCGACGAGGGCCCGCCGCAACAUCAGCACCACUUUCCACCCGCCGAAAGCGCAAUGCCCGGGAGGCUUCUUUGGAUGAACAGGAAGAUCACAUGUUCAGUACACCAGGCCCGCCCAAGACCCUGGUUGCACCACGAAACUUUGCACGCAUGACCGCGCCCAUGAUGUAUGACAUUAACUCACACAAACAUGCCUCUACUUUCAACACAGCUGUCCGCGCAAAGGAUGCAGAAGGCUAUUACGACAUCAUCAAGCGCCCCACAGAUCUAACCUCGAUCAAAAAGGCAGUAGCUACUGGUGCGAAGCAAGUUAGCGCUGCAGCGGCUGCAUCGGAUAACCCGACAGGCAGCCCUGGUGGUGCUACAGGAGGCGUCGUUGAACUCCCUGUCACAGUGGACAAUGUGCCUCCAAAAUCCAUUGUCAAUGCCACACAACUGGAAAAAGAGCUCAUGCGCAUGUUUGUCAACGCCGUCAUGUUCAACCCCGGUGAAGAGGGCGUUGUAAAUGAUGCAAGGGAUAUGUUCCAGACUGUCCAGGGCCUGGUUAGUACGUGGAGGGAUGUGGAGAGGCACAGUGGACGCGUGGGGAACGAGGAUACGCCGACCGUAGAAGAUGAUGACGCACCUACGGCGACCACAAUAUCGUCAAUCGUUCGGCCAAAUAAGUUCUUUGCGACUCCCAAACUCUGA